AUGUACAUUUUUACUUUCAGAUUGGUGUUCCCCAACGGUCUGUCCAGUGAAUAUUCUCUAGUUACCACCUUCCGGCUGAGGAAAACCACUAAGAAAGACCGCUGGUAUCUGUGGCAGAUAUUUGACCAGACGGGAGGUACCCAGGUGUCUGUAGUGUUGGACGGUGCUAAACGAGCAGUGGAGUUCUCAGCCCGGGGCCUUCUGAAGAACAGCCUCCACUACACCUUUAAGAGCCGAGACCUGCACACCCUGUUUGACCGCCAAUGGCACAAGCUGGGUGUGGCGGUCCAGAGCAGCAUCGUCUCCAUUUACAUGGACUGUAAACUAAUAGAGAGGAGGCUGACAGACGAGAAGCAUGAAAUCGACCCCAGUGGAUAUACGCUGAUUACAACCCGGGUGGAGGAUGGACGGCCUGUAGAUAUCGAACUGCAACAAAUCCUGAUCUACUGUGACCCAUACCUGGCUGAGAUGGAGACCUGCUGUGAGCAGGCAGGAUCUACGUGUGAGCCUAGCAGGGAGGGCCCUGGUGCUGGAGGGGUGACUCCCAAUCCCUUGGAUACAGAUGGAGCAGGCCAGCUCCCCGGAUGCUCUCCCAGCCCGUCCAGCCAGCUCGGGUCCAGCGGGUCCAGCAUUCCAGCAGUGACAGAUGUCAAUGUUCAGCAGAAAAGGGUGAUCAAGGUCUACCAGGCUUGGCAGGACUUCCAGGACAGAAAGGCGAUCAAGGAGACAAGGGAGAGACCAGGAAAGACGGGUUCCCUGGAAACUCAAGCCAGAAGGGUGACCAGGGUGUUUCUGGUUCACCAGGUCUGGAUGGUAUUCCUGGACAGAAGGUGAGUCAGACUGUUGGCGUGUGUGUUCUA